ACCAUUAGCAAGAAAAUUAACGCCUGGUUGGUUAGUUUUACUGUGCAUUUUCCGUAAAACCAACUAUUGGGAAUAUUUUGCCUCAGAUUUUUCAAGAUAACUAAGGUUUUGAGUUGCUAAUUCCCUCCUGUGUGUGUCUGUGUGUGUGUUUGUGAGUCUACUGUGUGUGGAAACUGUAGUUCCCGCCAGUAUUUUAAAAUACAGAAAAUGCUAUGGGUGCUAGUACUGGUGACCGCUGUCAUCGGCGCCGCACAAUAUUGGUGGUCGCGCAGAAAGAUCUACAAACUCAAGGCAGAGGUUCCAGGUUUACCAAAUAGCAACCUGAUCUUUGGACAGGGGCUCGGGUUCAUUGGAAAUAGUGAAGAUCGGAUGAAGCAUCUACAAGAAAUGGGGAAAUGGACAAAUGAGUACGGCGGCCUCGCAAGUGCAUGGCUAGGAAACAGACUCUUUAUUUGCCUGACCGACCCACCGUCUAUUGAAGUCGUCUCCAAGACUUGUCUGGCCAAGGAUGAGUUCACUCUGAGGUUCUUCAGGACUGCGAUUGGAAAUGGCUCUAUAUUUGCACCAGUAAACAUUUGGCACCCUCGCCGAAAGAUCAACUCUCCGUUCUAUAGCUUGAAGAACUUGAACAAAAUAGUCCCUCAAUUCCAUACACAGAGCAUCAUUAUGGUGGAUCUCAUGAGAGCUGAGCUUGGGAAAGGAGACUUCUCCAUAUGGAAAUACGUCACUACAUACACAUUUGAUGCUGUUGGUGAAUCUGCCAUUGGCUUCAAACUGAACUCGCAAGGUAACCCAGACCACUAUCUGCUCCAAGCGAUUGACGAAGGCACACACAUGGUGGCUAAGAGGGCUUUGCAACCUUGGCUCCAUCCAGACGUCGUGUACAAAAACCUACCGGUUUACAAACAAUUCCAGAAGCAUCUGGAAGGCGCUUAUGCGUUUUUAGAUAAGGUUAUAAAAAGCAAACGACUGGAAGUCAAAGAAAACAAAAACAACCGAAAAACAGACCGGACAAAUUUCCUCGAAGUUCUAAUCGAAUCUUCGGGAGGCAUUCACAAUGGAUACUCAGAGGUGGAGCUUCGAGAAGAGAUAAUGGUAAUGAUGGUCGCUGGGAACGACACUUCGGCUACGGCUGUCUGCUUUGCUGCUGUUCUGCUGUCACGAUAUCCUGAGGUCCAGGAGAAAGUGCUUCAAGAGUUGCGCGAAGUAUUCGGCGAUUCGGACCGGGAAGUGACAGCGGAAGAUUUGCCGCGGCUCAAAUACCUGGAGGCCGUGUUUAAGGAGAGCCUGCGGUUGUACCCACCGGUGCCUGUCGUGGCACGGGAGGUGCACAGCGAUGUGGUUUUACCAUCAGGCACGACCCUCGUGGACGGCACAUCAGUGAUGAUCAACAUCUGGGGCUUGCACCGCAGCGCCGCCUGGUGGGGAGCGGACGCGGACCAGUUUCGUCCGGAACGCUUUUGGAGGCCCAGCUCAGACACCAAGCGAUGUUCGUGCCCUUCAGCUACUCUGUUAGGAAUUAGGAUAAAAACGCAUUGUCAAGCAUACGCUAUGCUUUCAUCAAAGACCGCUUUAGCCAACCUUCUCCGCCGCUACCGCCUCUUGCCGCCGGAGGGCGCCCGCGAUGCCGACUUACAGCGCCCUCUCCCGGUCAAAUACGACAUCAUGAUGAAAGCUAAUGAUGGCUUCGCGGUCCGAAUCGAAGAGAGAUCGCCAUCAGCAACUUAACAAAGUUAUUUUAACCCGACGCAAAAACGAAAGGAUGUUAUAAGUUUGACGUGUCUGUGUCAUCGUAGCACCCGAACGGAUAAACCGAUUUAGAUUUUUUUUUGUUUUAAAUUUUUAAUGAAAUUUUUCUGAAUACUUUUUUUUUAAUUUAAAUUUUGUAUUGUGAUUAUUAACCCUUUUAAACACUAGGGGGAUGGAGUGUAAAAACCUUAUACGGGCGAUAAAUUGAACCAAAUAUGUACAAUUUUGUUAGUAACAAGAAAUAAAAGAAACUAAUAUUUGUU